AUGGAGGAGCAUCACCACGACGACCGAACCGCGGAGAUUGAGUCCUGUCACGGCGAUCUGCUGAGGAAGGGGAUCCUGGCCGAAGCGGCGCAGCUCGAGGCCACCAGCAAGAAGAAGCCGCGCUCCGACAAGGGCAAGCCGAGGGGUCCUCGGGGGCCCAGGGCCGACUCGGUGGAGACGGCGGCCCGCAUGGGGGUGAUGUCGACCUUCUACCUCCGGCACGCUUAUGGACGGGACAGCCCGGGGCUGCAUGAGGAGGACGGGGUGCUCUCCGCGAAUGGGGGGUUCUGCGCCAUCAGGGCGGCUGCCGCGGCGCGGCAGGCGCGCAGAUCCACGAUGCAGGAGGCCGAGUGCCGCCGCGAGUGCCUACGGAGAGCGGAUUGCCUCGCGUACGAGUUUGCCGCCAUCAAGGCCUACACCCGCUGCGUGCUGCACAAGACGCCCGUCACACACACGCUGCCGAUGGCGGGCUACUCCUGCUACGCAAAGGUCGGUGGAGGGUACAGCCACAUCGACGCCCCCGCCGCCACGGCCUCCGCCGCCGCCACUGCGCAGGGGGCGAGCGCCGCCCUGGCCGCUUUGGCCCCUCAGCCCGCCCCAUCGCAGGGGGCGGGGGCGCUGCAGCCGCUGACAGCGGCGUUACCGGCGUCCGCCCCGCUGGCGCAGCCGCAGCCGCCGACCACGCUCUCCUCCACUCUGCUGCCCUCGGCGGCGGCGGGAGGAGGAGCUCCCGCUCUCGCGCCAGCGCCCGGAGUGGCGGCGGCGGCGGCGAAUCAUUUGGCUGCGGCUCGGGCGGCCGCGACGGCGGCACAGUUGGCCGCGGCACGGGCGGCCCAGGCUGCGGUGGCUGGUGCGGCGGCGGGCUCGGCGACGGCGUGGGCGGCGAAUCCGGCGCAGCCGACAGCGCAGCCUGCUGCGGUCGCGCCGCAGGCC